GUAGAUGUUAAUGUCCCAUACGACACCGCAUGCAAAAUUACGCCAUGCCUAUUCCACCUGCAUUUAAUCUGUAUUACGCUACGUGCUUCGGUAACUCACUCUAGGCUGGCUUAACACUGUUCUCAUGACCUCCCGCCGUGCACGGCUGCGGGGUGGUUUCACCCCUCCAUCACCUGUACCCGUCUCCAAAAGCCACCACCACCUCAUCCUCUCCUCCUUCUUAUCAUCGUUUCUUAACUUGGAUUUUGAAGACACAAAAUCCCAAGCCGCUACAAAGAUACACUAGAGCUCCCCCUGAAAUCAAUAUACGAUUUGCGUGGCCCGCACUACACUACUUGGUCCUAACGUCAAAGUGCGGCGGCCUGUACCAUCUUCUUCACACUGUGAAACGCCAUCUGCUAACCCAGCAACUCGGACGAACCAGCGAAAUAACUGGCCAGUCCUGGUUUAUUCACUCUUGCUGCUGUUACCCACCGACGACUGAAAUCUGCCAGCUGUCAGAAAAAAUCACGCGUCUGAACUAUUUGUUGCUUUGGCUCUGUUAAACGAACGGCUUCGUCAAAUUAACACCAACGUGAAUGUCACUUGGUUGCGAAGUCGCCGCUCGCCCCAGCACUCUUGCAACCCCUCCUCCUCUGACCAACUGUGAAAUUAUUCGCCUUCUUUAUGCUGAACGCAACGACCACGAGUCCUUUGCACCGUGAAAAGCGACCUCGCCGUACCCCGACCUCUGCAACUUCGACACCGCCUCGAACACUAUCAUACACUUCGAUUGCUGGUCUGGCAUCGUCUGAGCCAACGCUUCGGUUUCCACGACCCACUGGGAACAAGCAUCUUGCCCACUGGAUCUCCAACAGUGAUCCCGACAUCAUGCAUCCCACAACAGAUCGUUCGGUCGAUGAGCUCUCCGGAAUCAUGGAGUCUGCUUAUGAUAUCGUUGGAGCAGAUUUGGAAUCCACUGAUGAAGGCAACUUCACAGAGUCGAUGAGUGCAUCCAUCAGUUCACUGGACUAUCACAAGAUGGAUGAUGUUGUAAGCCUGACGGGCACUGAAGCCACGUACGAGGAAGACGAGGUAGAUGAUACCACUGCCUCUCAGUUUAUUGAGCAUAUCCAAGCAAACAUGAUAUACUCCACCGAAACGGCUAUCAAGGAUCGAUCGGACUCGGAUGAAGAAGACAUUGACGAAGGUGGGGACGCUUCGCAAGCAUCGCUGGACUAUGCAGACAGCAGUUUGAAAACACCAUCAAUCAAUACUCCAGAAGGGAGCAAGAUAUUCGUCAGGCAGACGAUUCUACAGACAUGGGUAGAAGGGACAAGAAAAUUUGUCAAUAGUGCAUGGAGGGAGCAAGAGAGAUUCCGUGGUGUUUUUGUUGACACUCUUUGCUCUGCUCUUCCAGGCGUCAUCUGCGCCAGUCUCUGUGGUAUACUCAUCCAUAUCUUCUUCACACCUCUGGAAUACCCAGCAAGUCCUCUCAUUUUCACGUCACUAUCUACAUUGACGUCUACAACCACUAUAAAUCUGGCCCCGCCUGCCUCCACGACAACGACGACCGUGACGACUGCAGCCGCCAUGACGCUUGCCACCGGCGUCGCUCUCAUACCCCUCUCAAACCCAACAGAGUCUCUAUUCACAUCUCGCAGAACCACGGUUUCGUUUACCUCUCAGGGAAAGGACUCUGUGCUUGUACAUGUAGGCGAGGAUGCAAAGACCGCCUGGGCUCGUCGAAGCUGCCUCUCCAUCACUGCUAGCCGGGAGGGACAACCAGCAGAGAUCUCAACAACAUCGGUUAAUGAGGGAAUACUCGUGCAGUUUCCCAGACGCGAGGUGCAUGGUAUGAUCACCAUGUCGGUCAAGGCUACAUGCCGACCCAAAAUCACCAAAGAAGUUAAAGUCUACUUUGGAAAGGGCAUCAUGGUCGAAGCUUUCGAGAAGGGCAAACAGCUAGCACAGGAAGUUAGUGUUGCGGCUCAAGAAGCUGAGCGCCGGUUCAAUGAUGUGAAGGAGUCCGUUGUCAACUCGUUUGAUGGAUCAUGGUCGCGAGCCCUACGCUACCAAAGCCUCUUUGCUCGGGAGCAUCUGCAAAAGUCAGAGCAAACCCUCCGCCAACAAAUCUUUACUGCCUCGCAACAAGCUGCCUCGCUGACUCAUGACGCUGUCAAGAACUUGAACACCCAAUUCAUGUUCACAGUUCAAGCGGUACAGGUUGAUUUAUUGGAGGCCCAAAUCAAGUCUAAGCUGUGGUGGCUUAAGCUCACUGGAGAGUCAGAGAAAUACAAGAGCUACGAGCAGAAAGCCCUGUCUUUCCUCACAGAGAAGCAGUCGCAGCUGCUUAUGGCAAAGAAGACAGAAACAAAGCAGACCAGCACGUUGCUUUCUGGGUGGGAAUGGCUCCAAAGUCAACAAGAUAACUUUUGCAACGGGCAGUUUGGGAAGUGGAAUCCUUGGCCCCGUCAAUGCUAACGGUGUACGUAGACACUAUUGCAUACGGCCUUUUAUGAAGGCUUUAGUUGCGGCUGUAGUUGCAGCCGCCUCUUAUUCGUUGUUCGCUGCUGCUUUUAUGGGAGUGUACUUAGGCAAGUCAUUUGGAAUAUGCGAUGUAUUGCUGUCGUUGGUGGUAGAGUGUGAUUUAUUACGGGGUUAUUGUUCUUCUUUGAGGGUUUAUUACAGUAUAUACCGAAUACAUGCUAAACAACAAAGUUUAUAUGUCUUGCCGUUGUUACUGUAGCUGAG